UUAUCUUCUUACAUAUAAAAGGCUACUAUUACGCUAAGAAAGUAAUUAAAACAAAAAUGGCAUUAAAACUGGGUUUUUUUGUCUUAACGCUCCUUGUUGGAAGCUUGGCAAAACCCAUUGAAGAAGAUGACAUGUCCAUAUUCUUCGACCACACAAACCCCGAAGCCCGAAUAGUUGGAGGUGCAGAAGCGGGACUAGUUCCUUGGAUGACUGCCCUAUCCAACGGCGCAAUGAUCAGGAACUUUGUUUGUGGGGCCUCUCUUAUCACUAACAGACAUUUCCUUACAGCAGCCCAUUGUAUUCGAGCAGUUUACAGUGGGAGUUUGAGCAGAAACCUCCGUGCUACAGUAGGAACUAACCGUUGGAUGUAUGGCGGAGUCCAUUACAAUAUUGCCAGAAAUAUCACCCACCAGCAUUACGUCCACGCGGAUAUUAAAAACGAUAUAGGAAUACUGGUCUCGGCCAGUACAAUUCGUUUCACCAAUGCUAUCGCUCCAGCCGUACUCAACUACAAUAAUGUCGGCGCUGGAGUUGCUGUUACUGUCAAUGGAUGGGGACACAGAAGGUUUAACGGUGCCGUCUCUGGAACGCUGAUAGAACUUCGAACAAGAACUGUCGAUGGUGAGUUCUGUAAGAGGGAAGUACCUCGCAUCGGCCAACAGUUUAACAUUCGAGCGCCCUCUGUCGACCCACGUUUGGAAAUCUGUGCACUGCAUUCUGUUAACCAAGGAACUUGUAACGGUGAUUCUGGCAGUGCGCUUGUAAGGAGUGACAACAAACAGCAGAUCGGUAUCGUGUCUUGGGGCAUUCCCUGCGCUCGCGGCGCUCCAGACAUGUUUACCAGAAUCGGCGCAUAUAGAAGCUGGAUCGAACGCGCUAUACGAUGCUUUCCGUCACAAGAUGAUCUAUCAUCCUACUUCUCUGGUAGAAUAGUGGGAGGUGAUAGUGCGGCAGAAGCCAGCGUGCCCUACAUGGUUGCUUUAGUUCACGGGCUGAUGGUAGCCACUUUCCAAUGUGGUGGUUCUCUCAUUACAAAGAGACAUGUUUUGUCAGCAGCACAUUGCUUUGACCGACUGUACACGGGGGGAGAGUUGACACCAACACUCCGUGUUAUAGUCGGCACGAAUAGGUGGAACGUUGGCGGUGAGGCAUACCGCGUGCAACGUAAUAUUACUCAUCCCAAACACAUCUAUAUUCGGGAUCCAUUAAAUGUGGAAUACGAUAUUGGCUUAUUGGUUACCACCACUGAAGUAGUAUUGUCAGAUAGAGUGAAAUUGGUGCCGGUUAGUCUGGAUCAUGUUGGAUCGGGCGUGAGAGGCAGAGUUGCUGGAUGGGGACGGAUUUACCAUCAAGGACCCUUAUCUCCCAGUCUUCAAGAGCUGUAUGUAACAACGUUAGAGGAUGGGAGAUGUGAUAAAGAAUUACGCCAGGCCUCUAUCGACUCCGGUAUGAUACUACCAGAGUACGACCCUGCGACUGAGUUUUGUGUCUUCCAUUCUAUUCAACAUGGCGUUUGUAAUGGUGACUCUGGCAGUGCUCUGGUACGAGUGGACACAGGUGAACAGUUUGGUAUCGUUUCAUGGGGAUUGCCCUGCGCACGCGGCGCUCCGGACGUAUUCGUGAGAAUUAGCGGGUUUAAGGACUGGCUUGAGGAGAAUUUAGUGUUGUAAUAUUUAUAAUAUAUAU